AUGACUCUUUACGAGAAAGGCGACGUCGAAGUUCAGAUCCAACAAACUCAGUUUCGUGUCUCUUCAUCAGUUAUGUUUAAAACGUCAUCCGAGUUCGAAAAGCUUUUUACCACGCAAAACGGCACGUUGCGUAACAGUAUCAAGCUUCCUAACGAAGAUCCUAAAGCUUUCCACUUAAUAUACCAUUUUAUCACACAAACCCUAAGACUAGAAACGAUUUCUAUAACUAAGCUCCUUAUACUUCUUCGCGUAGCUAAGCGAGCACUAUAUAAAUUACUAAAUAUCACAGCAAAUCUAAUGCUUCGAGGUGCAGUAUAUCGCUUAGAAGUAGUAAGUAGGCUGUUAAGUCUGCUAGGUUAUAGCGAAGCUCUCUAUCUACGUAAGAAAAACGAAUUAGCUAGAGAACAGCUGUUAGAUGCUAGUAGAGCAAUUGAGGAAGCGACUAUAGAUAUUAGCUAUUACGAAGUUAGAGAUAAUUUUAAAGAAAAGGUUCUGAAGCUAGAUAAAUGCUAUAAGUUUAAACGCUUAGAUUUUAAGAAUAUGGAGGCCUAUAGCGAACCUAUAGAAAACCUCCUUAAUAGCUAUUUAGAAUUUAAAGACGACGAGUCUGUUAUUUCCGCCAGAACAGUAUAA